CAAGAUACGCGCAUGCAUCUAUCUACGGUACGGACACUCUGCAAUAGCGACAGGAACAGGUGAUGUGAUGUCAGUCAGCAAGAAAGCCAACCGAAUGAAUCUGUGGAUACAACCGUGGGGUACAAGGUACGUACUUACGUACGGUACAUCAACGCAGCGGAUUCGGAUGGGUGUCAGAGCACGCUGCGCUGCGCUACGAGUUCGUGCGUUUUUAUUUUUCAUAGUGAAUGAAUAAUUCAUUUUUCACGGAAAUCGCGCGAUAUUUUUUCCUAUCCCGCGCGAUUUUUCCGCCCUUCCUUCGUUAUGUGCGAUUGAUGGGAUUAGGCUAGGGAUGAUCUUGAAUCUUGAAAAGCGUCCAAUCGUUCUACGGUAUGAAAUCACAAAUCACCCAUCGUCCAUGGGAUCGAUCGCCUUUUCCUCUGGAAGAAAACAAGGGCGUACAGCAACAAUGGAACACGGCGAUCAAGCCACCGCAACCACGGCGACUGCUCCCGCCACCGCCGAAGCCGGCAAGGGAUCCGUGACGCUCCUGAUCGAAAACCCGGGAAAGGGCAAGAACUGGGGUCCCCUGCUGAGGUGCUGCGCCGCCUUUGGGAUCGGAACGAUAUUUGUGGUGGGCUACGAUCGGUGCGACGUCCGGGGUUCCCACGGGGCUUCGAAGCACGUGCAGCUGAAGGCGUUUCCGACGCACGAGCAGGCCGCGAGCGCCCUAAAAUCCGGGGGAUUCGAGCUCGUGGGGCUGCUGUCGCCGUUUCCCGACCGGGGCGAAAGCAUCGACAACGACAACGACAACGACGACGGCGCCCGGGAGGUGGUGCGGGAAACCUUUUUGCAUGUACCGACCGAGACCGAGAUGGACGUUGUCCGGAUCGUUGAAGCCGGUGCACCCGCCUCUCCGGACGGCCCAUGCAACGAGCCAAAGAACACGGAACCGCAACCGCCGGUGCAUUCCGAAACCACCAACACCGGUGCUGGUGACGGUGCGCUCCCUUCUCCGGUCCACCCGGCCCCGCUCCGGGACCGGCGGUCCUUCCCCGCGCACCGCUCGGGGGACCUCCCGGCGAGGACCUGCCUGGUCGUGGACAAGCUCCGGCGCGGCCUGCCCUGGUCCCUGGCAAAGCACUGCGGAUCCUUCGUCCACGUUCCCCACGCCAACUACCAGGCCCGCGACACCGGGGGAUCGAUGCUGACCCUAGAGGCCUCCGUGUCGAUCGUCUUCCACGAGCUCCUCGGCUGCGAGACCCCCCGGAGGGGCUAUUCCGGGGAGGAUUCGUGGGCGAGCGGCGGCGCGGGGGAUCCCUCGUCGUCGUCGCCGUCGUCGUCGGGCUACGAGGGCCAAAAAUACAACGUCGAAAGGGUGUACAAGGGCGGGGAUCCGGGGGACGAGCGGGCGAGGCAGAGGAAGCGAAAGGAGCGGGAAGAGAAGCUGCGGGAGCUGCAAACCGAAGCGGAGGAGCCACGGCCGUCGCUCUUUGGGGCAGACACAAACGACGACGGAGAUUACUAGGAAGACCCCACAAAAGAAAACACGGCGGAACCCGUCGGGGGAAGGCACGGCACGGCACAAUAGAACAUACCACGCGCACAUCGGCCCUGUUUGGUGGAAACCGGCACGGUGCUGGCUGCAUUCGCGCAACCGAGCGAACGCGUUCUUGCGUUCCCUUUCCGCCGCCCGUAUGAUGAACCCAACUCCGCGGGAGGCGUGGAAUAGGAAACACAUGGAUGCGCUUCUUUGCAACAAGAAUGACGGCUGGUCGUUUGGAUUCGAAUGAUGCGCCACAGGUCUCCACAACCCACUACCAUACUUAGGCGUCGACCCAAAAUGUUUUAAUAGCUAGAGAGAAGAAAAAAUACGUGCUGGAACCUAGACACCGGUUGUGGCCCGACAUCGCACACCUCGCUCUCACUCCUUCUGCAAUGGCAUAAUCCGAACGAAUCAUACUUUCGUUGAGUCAACAUCGCUUUUUCCUAAGUACUGGUGCAAACUUUGUUGAUCAUAUAUGACAAGAUAGUCU